UGAGGGAGGAACCUAGUCGCAGUCUUGUGACUUUUAUUUUGAAACCUUUGUCCCCAGCUAGUAAAGGUGAAAUAGAAAAGGCUUUAGCACAGUGCUGAGUGCAGCAUUUGUUUGACGAACGGUCCGUAAAGUUGUGGAUUAUGAAAAGAGGAUCUGGUAGCAAUCGGGUAUGUCAAGAAGAAAGCAAUUUUUGGGGGUAAAACUUGUUUGACGUUGUUGUUUGUCUCAUGUCCUUCAGAAAAUUCUCCAGGAGGAGGGACAGGAACAUUUGGGACUUGAGUAAUAACAGCUAUUCUGGGGAAUUUUCCCACCUUUUUUUUUUUUGGUCACAGUUCCUCUCCUGACUAAUAAAACCCUUCCCCUUUCUACCAAACCAGUUCUUUCAGUUUAGUGUGUUCCUGCCUUCUCCAUGCAGCAGGCCAUCAGCGUCUGGGUUCGAGACCCGCGGAUACAAAAGAAUGAUUUCUGGCAUGCCUACAUAGACUAUGAAAUUUGUUUACAUACUGACAGUGUGUUCCUCACUAAGAAGACCUCAAGAGUGAGGAGGAGGUUUAGUGAGUUUGUGUGGCUGAGACAAAAACUUCAGGAAAACGCUCUCCUGAUGGUCCAGUUACCAGAGCUGCCCCCCAAAAAUCCUUUUUUCAGCCUCAAUAGCGCCCAGCAGAUCACAGAGCGAAUGAAAGGACUCCAGAAGUUUUUGGAACUGGUCCUUCAGAGCCGCCUGCUGCUGUCUGACAGCUGCCUGCACCUUUUCCUGCAGUCGGACCUCAGCGUGUCCAUGAUAGAAGCCUGUGCUGCAGGAAGGACCAGCUACUCCGUAGCACAGGCCGUCCAGCGCAGCGGCCUGAGGAGAUUCCACUCAGAAGACAACCUGCCCAAGGAGAUCAGCAGCUCAGAGAGCAGAGAUUCAGAGGAGAAGAUUAGGGAUCUGGCAGUAAACAAAGUAGGAAACACGGGUUCACUUGAUCUCCUGGACUCCAGCUAUAAGACAAGGACAAGGCACUCUGAUGCUUACCUUUAAAACAAUGUUUUUAUAAAACACUAGGUUUGUGGGGAAGUGUCUGCUUAUUACUCACUCCAGUUUUUGGAUUUGUGUUGGAAAAAGAACACCCACCUUUUUGGCUUAAAUUGUGAUUCCUUGUAAAUUCAGAAUGUACUAUAAUAUAAAUAUUUUUGUUUGCUGUGUGGACAGUUUGUCUUGAUAUAUAGUUUGUCUGAAGGUGGCAGUAUUGCCACAAUUUCACAUUCUUGUAAGUUAUGACCUGUCUGUAACUGCUUCAUUACCAAAACUUUAAAGAAACAUAAAGAAAUUUCAGUGUUUUUUAUGCAAAUACAAGUAGUACAAUAUCUUAA